AGAUGAAUUUCCACACGGGUCUGUUCAUUUACGACUUUACGAUGAUGUCAAGCGAGGCACUGUUCAACCGGAAAGUCGAGGGUCGGCGUGAGAGCCACUGGGAAGCAAAGGGGCGCGUGCCAAGGGUUCGCAUCUGCCGUAGUUGGUUUUACAUCCCUUUCUGGCAAGGGAAGGCCGCCACUAUAAGCAACGCCGUUUCACGUAUGCGAGUCUCCGGUUACCGACAAAAAAAAAAGAAGAAAAACACGAUGAAGAAACGAGAAAGGGAAGGAUGUUUCCGCAGGAAGCACCGCCGGGAUCCCUCUUUCGACCCUCAUAUUGAACGCCCUUUCUCGUGAACGAGUGCGGACAAGCCGCACUGCGCUGGAUAAUCGUAUGUGCGAGUCGUAUGCAAUUAUUGCGCUCGAAGGAUCAGAGCGAGCGGAGCGGAGCUUGCGUAGACGCGGAGAAUGGAGUCUUUCUUUUUUUUCCUCUUUACCUUACAUCGCGAUCACUGUGAUUUCGUAUUGCCAACAAUUUACCCUCGCGCGCGUCCCAGAACAGCCAAGAGUAUGUUAAUCCCCGGCGAAUUAUGCGAGUCGCAGCUAAGUGAACGCCGCGAUUACUUAUUAGCCGCACGUAACCAAGUCGGACGCAACAAAAACGCGAAUUGAUCCUUCGCAAACGUCAAGUAAAAACUGAAUGAGCGGCAAAUGAGAUAUCAGUCGCAAAUGAGAGACGUCGAAGGGAGAAAGAUGCGAUAAGUUAUUUAGCUAAAUAAUUCAUAUUCCGUAAUAUACAUUGCCUUAUUAUUCUGCUGUUCUAAAAAGAUCGGAAGGUUUAAAUUUAAAAUUUUAUUCUCAAUUUUAAGCGACUUCGAGUUGCUUUUGCCGAGGCGAGAGAAAAAUUCUUUGUUGAAGGGAAAUCGAAUCUACGUGAGUUUCAAUUUUCCCUCUGCCUCGCAGAGGAAAAGAAAAUAAAUAGAGGGAUUCUCUAUUUGUGUGGGAUUUAAUGGCAGCUGUUGAGUCGCAAACAACCACUACAUCCCAGAACGGUCAACAUACGUCCCUGCGUGCCGGGGCCCUGAAGGAAGGGGACCGCAGGUAAGCAGCUGCGAGCAUCUGCAGGGGCAGCGAGGCAGCCGCGUGUUUAAAUUAGUCCCGGCACAACUGUCGUGCGCGCAGUAUGCACGGAAGACCGUUCUCGGGUUCGGUGUGUUGAAAAUUGGAUUAACGAAAAAUCGUGAGAGAAACUGACGUUCAAUUCAUCUCAAAUCGUCUGGAUUGCUCAUUGCGCCAACGGACACGACUGAUAUUAAUGUCAAAAUUAACUUUUUGUUAAAAAAAAUCAUCCGCGACAAGAAAUUAUAGAGAAUUUAAAAAAUAUUUCUUCUUGAAAACGCGUCUACAACUGAUAAUUGAGAGUUUAAGAGAGAUUGUGGUUAAAUUUAUGUGCAGCUAAAAGAUGAUUGAUUAAUUUCAGUUGAACGUCCAAUGUGUUCGAUAAGAUAAAAAAGAUAUAAAAAGAGAUAAAUUAAUGGCUCCGGUACUGACGGCGAAGCAAAGUUUCACAACAGAGUUCGCUUGAUGAAGAAUCGAGAGAAAUAAAGAAGAAAAGAAAAAAAGUGGAUGAAGAUGUUGCUGCUCAGGGUGAUUGUGACGCUGCUCGCGUGCUGGGUCGUCAAAUGUGAUCUGUUAGAUCUCUAUGUCCAGCACAUGGACGAGACCAUGAAGACGUAUAAAAACAAGCAGCAUCCCAUGGAUCCUGUUAGCAGGCGAAUAAAGAGGAGCUUCGAGAAGGACGAACCGUUACUCAGGAUCGGUAAUUUUAAAAAACAGCGGUUGGACGUCGAUGAGAAUUGGUUGAAACAGUGGAAAGCUAAGAGGAAAAUUAUCCCUUACAAGAGCGACGACGGUUUGGACUAUUCAAAUAAACGGGAAGAGAACCUGAGUCCUGAUCAGCACGAGAUAUUCUCAAAUAUAAUACAGAAAUCGAAGGACUUCAAAAAGACAACGGCAAUUCCAAAAGACAAUACUGAAAAUUCGCUGAAUAUCUCGCAACAUCCGAUAAUUGAGGAACGACAGAAAACAUCGAAGGUUGAGUUGACAACAGUGGAGAGUCAGAUUAACGUCAAAGAAUCGAUUGUAGAGGAUCUGGAACCAGAGAAAGGAGUUCCGGAGGAAAGCUGGCGAGAUUUCGAGGGAACAGAAAACGAGGAUAACUCGCAGUUUGAGAUAAUCAGCGAGAACGACCGAAUCGAUCCAAAACCGUUUGUCGGUCCGAGUUUCAAGAGGAAGCCGUGGAGUAGCCAAGUACCGAAGAAGUAUUUCUCGGAGAAGCCGGCCAAGGAUGCGAAGAGCUACGUGAAGGACGUCAAGGGCGAGACGAAGCCGACGAGAUCCAGGAGAAGCAUCACGCAUCACCAAGAAAUUAACGAGGGCACACAUAAGCACGCCAGAGUGCGGAAAUUCACCAGGUACGAGAAACUAGACGAGAACGGUGACGUGAUCCUCGAGUGGGAUCCAUCGGACGAGGAGGACGUGAUUUUCAGGGUCACCGCCAAAACCCUCGGCUACAUCGGUAUCGGUUUUAAUGAGAAGACCAGCAUGAAAGGCGCCGAUAUCCUGCUCGCUUGGGUGGACGAUCACACCGGCGCUGUCAAUCUAUUGGACUCGUAUGGUAUCGAGAUGAACGCCGCGCCGCUUACUGACGUGUCUCAGGAUGUCCAAGUGCUCAGCGGCUUACAAAACGCGACUCACACCACCGUGACGUUCACCAGGAAGUGGCAGACGUGCGACCCUCAGGAUCAUCGACUCACAGGUGACACUAUUAGGGUACUAUGGGCCUUGCACGAUAUCGACCCCGAAUUAAAUACUGCGAUGUGGCACGGAUACAGACGAGGCGGAAAGGCUCUGAGGCUGAAGGCAGCUGCGGCACAUUCGCCGCCACGACAGACUCAUAAUAUACGACAUUGGGACGUGAAGCUGAAUCAGUUCGAGGUGGAGAAUACAGAUACCGUCUACUGGUGCAAGAUCUUUAAGGCUACCUCGCUGAAGAAAAAACAUCACAUGAUAGGGUACACACCGCUUGUGGAGAAGGCCAACGAGGAUUUGGUCCAUCACAUCAUUCUGUACGAGUGCGCGUCGACGGAACCGAUCCUCGGCGAACACGCCAGGAUCACCGGCACUCGCUGCUACAGCCCGACAAUGCCGCGAGCAUGGGACUCGUGUCUGCAGCCCGUCCUCGCGUGGGCUCGUGGAAGUAAAGGGGAAUGGAUGCCGGAGCACGUCGGUAUACCUAUAGCGGAGAACGGCGAAAAUUCAUACUAUAUGCUGGAAGUUCACUAUAACAACCCGACUAUGAAGAGAGUGAUCGACAGUAGCGGCAUAAGACUUCACUUGACUUCGCAGCUUCGUCCUCAAGAAGCGGGGAUUCUCGUAGCCGGCGUAGCAGUAAGCCCCCUUCAUCUGGUACCUCCCCAGAGAAAAGAAUACGCCACCGCCGGAUACUGCACUCCACAUUGCACCAAUACGAUGCUCCCCGAGAAUGGUAUCAAUGUCGUAUCAGUCGUCUUGCACUCGCACUUAGCCGGCCGACGUCUAACCCUUAAGCAUAUUCGACGAGGCAAAGAGUUACCAAGGAUAGUACAGGACAACCACUUUGACUUCGACUAUCAGCAAUCCCAUACUCUGGAGAAAGAAGUGAAAAUACUGCCUGGCGACGAACUAAUCGCGGAAUGCAUUUACGGCACACUAGACCGAAAGAAACCUACUUUAGGCGGCUACGCGGCUUCCCAAGAGAUGUGCCUGGCAUUCGUCAUGCAUUAUCCAAGAACACCCCUCGCCGCCUGUUACAGCAUGACGCCUGUCAAGGACCUCUUCAGAACUCUCGGGAUAAACAGCUUCCGGGGGUUGACGAUGGAUUAUUUGGAGAAGCUGUUCCUAACGAACGGGUCUGACUUGAUUUCGCCUGUGAUCAAUCAGCAACAGCUUUCUGCUUAUUCGACUAUGAAAUCGACCGAGCUCGAUAAGGCUGCUGUUAAAGAAGCUGAAUCGGCAUUGAGAGCGAUGAGAGAACACACGGAAGAGAAUGAAGACGAUAACAUCUUCGCACGACUCAUCAUUGAAGACCCCGAAGAGUUUCGAGGUCGAACUAUGACUGAACAUAUGUUGGCUUUGCCGUGGACGGAGGAUUUGCUUACGAGAUCGAUAGAAGAUAAUCUUUACCACGGCAGACACAUGACAUUCUGCAGAAAAAGGGACGACCAACUGGCGCUGCCGGCAGAUAUUCAAAACUUUCCGAAUUUUACGGCGCUACCUGAAACGAACGACACGGUCUGCAGCGACUUGACAUUCACGUAUGGCUCCUCUGGAGCCUCUUACACCUACUUGAUAAACAUGUUCUCUAUUGUCGUCGUAUCGAUCGUCACUAUCGUCGUCGUGUUGUAAGAACCCUUAUGCAAAGAGUCAACGACAGUCAGCGGCUGCACGGCAAAUGUGAUUCGCACUGUCAAUUACACGAGUACAAUAAAUUCCGUCACGAAUGUUUCCUGUAUAUUUUCAAAUUUGCAAGACGAGCCUGAUUAAUUUAAGCCUGAUUAAUUUAAGCGAUCUUACCUCGUAAGGCCAAGCGAUUUUUUUUUCUCGAACGAGUCUCGAACAAGUGUUCGAAACAAGUCGGGAUAUUCCUAAAGUAUUAGGUGUCUGAUCAGUUUCUCCUGGUAUGGAGGCGGCAAAACUUCUUUUAGGUUUUUGUCGAUCCGGCACACUAAUCGUACAUAUAUAUAUAUAAAGGUAUAUAAUAUAAUAUAAUGUGUAAAUACAUAAUUAUUAAUAAGACUCGUAUUUAUAAGACGUGCACUUUCUCUCGUUUUACCAUUUUGUAAUGCGUGUCUCUCUGUAUAAAAAUUAAUGUCUAUACAUUUUUUUCGAAACAUGA